AUGCAGCUUGGCACUACAGUAACCAAGCCCUCGGAACAAGCUGAGGAUCCAAUCCAAAAUAUGAACAACAUCAGAAAUCAGUUACAAUUUAUGCCGAUAACACUGUUUAACAAUGGCAUCAAACUAGACUGCUACGCCAUACUCGACAACUGCAGCAGCUGCUCAUAUAUCCUCAGCAAAACAGCUGAAACACUUCAGUGCAAACCAAGCCAACAACUAGAGCUUAGCGUACGAGGUGCUUUCAGUAACGACAAAGUGUCUUCCUCGCUGGUCCGGCUUAGUAUCGGACCACAUAACGCUACAAAACCUACUUUCACCCUACAAUCAGUCUAUUCAGUUGAAGCUCUGAGUUUUGACGCUAUCGACGCAAACAACUUUAACAAAACGUGCUCACUCUACAAUCACCUUCGACAUGUCAACUUUCCUGAACUAGGAGACAACACAGUUCAAAUUUUGCUUGGCGUAGAUGCUUUCUGGAAUAUUGCGGAGCGCGAUAUCAGAAAAGGUCCUACAGGCACCCCCUACGCUGUAAAAAACCUACUAGGUUGGACGAUCACUGGCCCACUCAACCAGAAAUCUAAUAGUUCCCGAUCAAAUUCACACUCAACUAACUUCAUUGACUUAAAUGAUCAAGAAGACGCUAAUCUCACUGAAUUAGUGGAAAAUUUCUGGAAAGUAGAAGGGUCAGGCAUCCAGGAAGAUAACAAAGCUACAUACUCUGAUAAAAGCAAACGACAACUAAAAUUUAUGGAAAAAAGUAUUGAGCACGAUGGAGAUCGCUACAAAAUAAAUCUACUCUGGAACAACGAAAUAAAAUUGCCAAACAAUUAUCCGGUAGCUAAAGCUCAACUGCUAUCGCUACAAAAACGGCUCAGAAAAGACCCUGAAGCCAUGCAACUCUAUGAGAAAUCGCUUAGUACCGACCUGGAAAAUAACUACGUCAAGCCCGUUACUUUCCAAUACCCACAACCUGAAUUACUUUGGUACCUCCCACAUCACCCUGUAACUAAUCCAAACAAGCCCGGAAAGGUACGCAGAGUGGUUAACGCUGCCUCAACCUACAAGGGCGUCUCGCUGAACUCUUGCCUCGAAACUGGACCUGACCUCCUGAACAACAUGUUUGGACUUCUACUACGAUUCCGGGAAAAACCUGUGGCUGUAUCGGAGGAUAUUGAAGGUAUGUUUAUGCAAAUAGGUAUUAAAGAUGAAGAUCAAAAGGCGCUUCGCUUCCUUUGGCCUACUAAAAAUGGUAUCAAACAAUACCAAUACACGCGACUUAUCUUUGGUGCAAAAUGCUCACCAUCCAUUGCCAUCUUUGCGCUUCAUCAAACAGCUGCCGAUUACUGCGUAACCAAACCCAUUAUUGCUCAACUGCUUCAAAAAAGUUUUUACAUGGACGACUUUGUUCAUUCGUUCAACACGACACACGAGGCUAGAGACUCUACUACGCAACUAAAAUCCUCCCUAAGACAGGGGGGAUUCAACCUAACUAAGUUCGUAUCUAACACUAAUGACGCGAUCUACUCCAUUGAUGGAGGCGAAGUUUCUACUAAUGCUACAGUGCAUCGUGUUCUGGGUGUCAAAUGGGACACAACUGACAAUACGAUAUUCGUGCAACCAACAACCAAGCUAAAUAAUACUACAUCAUCUACACUCCGAACAGUUCUUUCUACAGUAGCAAGGGUUUUCGACCCCUUAGGCAUCCUAGCGCCGUUUGUCAUAAAACUCAAAAUUCUUCUGCAAAACUUGUGGAAGUCUGGUAUCUAUUGGGACGAAACCGUGCCCAGUGACUUUGUUCUGAUAAUUGGCAAAUGGGUUGACCAAUGCAAACAAGUACCCCCUGUUAGACUGCCGCGCUUACUUGGUCCACAGCUGUCACCUAGUGAUAUACAGCUUCAUGUUUUCUGCGACGCGUCGCAAGACGCAAUGGCUACGUGCAUCUACUUCCGAACUGCUUGUAGCUCUGGCAUACACGCUACUUUCUUGAUUGGCAGAACAAAGGUAGCACCACUGAACCAAGAGAGCAUUCCUAAACUGGAAUUACAAGCCGCCCUUAUGGGUGCUCGGCUAUGCAAGUUCGCUACUGAUGAAAUGCAGUUAAAACCCCACUCCACUCACUUUUGGACGGAUAGCACUACUGUUUUGUCCUGGAUCGCUUCACCUGGUAAACUGAAAACUUACUGCGCAAACAGAGUUGGUGAAAUACUUACUUUAUGCAAAGCCGAACAAUGGAAACACAUCCCUGGUAGACUCAACCCAGCAGACAGUGCUACACGGGGAAUUGAACUUAAAGACGUAGCAAAGCUCUGGUUGGAUGCACCACAAUUUCUACUCAACAAUGAGCCUAUUUGGGGGACCAAGGAAAUAAUGGAACAAAGUAAUGCUGCAACGGUUAGCCCCUCAACUACACCCUUAAUCGAUUCUUCCAGGUUUUCAGAUUGGUUUCGAUUAGUUCGGGUCACAGCUCGGGUUAUAGUUUUUGUCGAUACACUUAAGGGAAACGGUAAACGUUCUACCACUAUAAAAGACCUAGAAAAAGCUAAGCUCCUCCUUUAUCAACAGUCCCAGCAGGAAACCUUUGGUGACACCUACAAUAAACUACGAACCAAGCAACAAGUUGAAAACAAAGACAAACUGCAACAGCUGUCACCUUUUCUCGACAACGGUGUUAUUCGCGCGCGAGGACGACUACAAAACUCACCUUUACCGGACGCAACAAAAUAUCCAAUAAUUCUUAACGCAAAGGACCCAAUUGUGCGCAUGAUGAUCGAGAGCGCUCAUCGCCGCUGCAUGCACCACGGCACUGAGUACAUUCGCAACUACCUGCAACAAAGUUUUGUCAUCAUUGGGCUCCGAAAAACACUCAGACAGAUAAGACAUAACUGCUUUCUCUGCAGAAGAUUCCAAGGCAAAGGGCUACAGCCAUUCUUGGCCGACUUGCCGCCAACUCGUUUCGACGAUCCGUCUGACGACCCAUUUCCGUUCAAAAACACAGGAAUUGACUAUAUCGGGCCAUUCUACAUAGCAACAAAGGAUACAACUGAAAAAAAACUAUAUUUGCAUCUUCACAUGCCUCUCUACUCGCGCGGUUCACCUGGAAUCGACAGACAACCUUACUACGAACAACUGUAUAACGGCAAUUAG